AAUAAAUAUUCUUUAAAAAUAUUUAUUUUUUAAUACGUUCCAAACCAGGCUAGAAUUUGUUGAUUAGAUCUCUGAAGACGCUUUUGAUUCAAGGGAGAGACGGAACAUUUUCAAAAAUGUUAAGGGAGGAAUGCUAAUGCUAGAAACUUGUUGGAGAUUUUUGCCGUUCGCCAAAAUCAAACAGCCAGAAGAAUGACAGUACCGUGAGAAGAUACUUUCAGUCGUCUGGAGGCUUCCUUCACUGCUUUAUCUUUUGUGUGUUUGCUUCCCUGGAGUUUGAAUUGAGGCUUCUUCAGUUCCACCGAUUCCAUCAUUUUCUCUCAAUUUCCGGAAAUGGGGCUGCUGGAUUCCCUCCUCAAUUGGCUCCGCAGCUUAUUUUUCAAACAGGAAAUGGAACUUUCCCUCGUAGGUCUUCAGAAUGCAGGAAAGACUUCUCUUGUUAAUGUCAUUGCAACAGGAGGCUAUAGUGAGGACAUGAUUCCAACGGUUGGGUUUAAUAUGCGGAAAGUUACGAAGGAAAAUGUGACAAUAAAGCUUUGGGACCUUGGAGGGCAAAGGAGGUUCCGCACCAUGUGGGAGCGAUAUUGUCGCGGUGUCUCUGCUAUUCUAUAUGUAGUUGAUGCUGCCGAUCGAGACAGCGUUCCAAUAUCUCGAAGUGAGUUGCAUGACCUAUUGAUGAAGCCUUCCCUGUCUGGGAUUCCUUUGCUUGUUCUUGGAAACAAAAUUGACAAAUCUGAAGCUCUUUCCAAACAAGCAUUGGUGGAUCAACUAGGUCUUGAUACAAUCACAGACAGAGAGGUAUGUUGCCACAUGACAUCAUGCAAGGAUUCUGUAAACAUUGAUGUUGUCAUUGACUGGCUUAUCAAGCACUCAAGAACAGCAAAAUGAUGCAAUGACUUGCUCUAUGCCUGGAUUUAGUUGUAGCAGUGUUCCAAUAACAAGUGCUUGUAUAUUAAUGAAAUGGUGAGGCAAAUCUCCUGUGCAGUGUUUCUUCUUGAUUCCUUGCCCUUCUUUAUGUGAAAUAUUUUUUUGGUGCAUUUGGAUGCUCCAAGUGGUAGACAGAAAUUAAUUGUUUCA